AUGGCAUCAUCUGAUCUACCUGUGACGAUAAAGGCAUGGACAUACACGCACUCCGGCUAUCCGCAAUGCCUGCAGCAGACUGACCAGACGCCCAAAGCCUCGUUUUGCCCGACUGAGAUACUUGUACAGAUGCACGCCAUCGCCCUCAAUCCCGUAGAUAUCCAACUUAUGAACUUGGCUAUCUGGUCGCUACCGCUCCCCGCUCUCCACCAGCCCAAGACCAUCGGCUGCGACUUCGCCGGCACCGUGCUGCGCGCGGGCUCUGAGGCACAAUACACUGCGGGAGAUGAGGUGUUUGGCGUGAGCAUGGCGCCGCGGGGCCCCGGUUGUGCGGCGGAGGUUGUAGUGCUGGACACUGGGAGUGCGCACCUGAUGAUCGCCAAAAAGCCACCGCAACUGAGUUUCGUACAGGCCGCGAGCCUGCCUGUGGUGUUCAUGACGGCACGGACGACGAUCGCUUUGGUCGAGGAGUAUAUGCGGGUUGGAGGUGCUAGUCUAGGCAGAGUGGCGGUGCUAGGCGGGAGUACGAGUUGUGGCAUGUAUGCGAUCCGGCUCGCGCGCCAGCGAGGAUGGGACGUGUUAUCCACGUGCUCCGGGAAGAAUGUCGAGUUUGUAAAGGGUUUAGGCGCGGGUGAAGUCAUUGAUUAUACGAAAGAUUCGGUGCCAGAUGGCGUGCGAGCUUUUGCACCAGAUGCAGUCAUCGACUGCGUAGGUGGGUCAGAUUGCAUUGGGAUCACAAGGAGAUACGUGACGAUAGUGGGCGACAAGACGGAUCGGACGUUGAUUGGGGGAAGCAUGUUGUACUUAACACAUCCACGUAUGCUGGUGCGUUGGGUAUUGGGAUGGCUCGGGGUGCUGGGCAGGUACGACUGUAUCAUCUUUGAGAAGAAUGUAACGUGGUUGGCUGAGGCCGUAGAGUUGAGGCCGGAGGAAGUCACUGUCGACAGUGUAUUUGCGUUUAGUGAUAUGAAGAAGGCGUUAGAGAAGGUGGCGAGGGGGAAUGUGAGAGGUAAGGUCGUCGUGGAGAUCAAGUAG